AUGGCGAUGGUUACGAAGACAACGUGGUGGAUGGCGCACUAUCAUCAAGAUAGUACGCGAAGUCCGAAACGCCACUACGGCCUUUCAAAUUCGCCAGCAAUCACACGCUUGGACUGCGGGAGGCUAUCGUAUGUGAAGGGCCGCUACCAGGCCACCUGCAGAAAAUACGUGGACAAGUGGGGGCAAAAACGAUUCGUGGGGACCCCUGCUUUGAAGCGCUCCGAGUGGGGCCCCAAGCUUUCUUUGGAGAGCACAUUGGAGUAUCCGAUGAAAUUCGGCCAAAAGCUCGCCAACUUGGCCAAUGAUAUGAGGCAGGAGCACUAUGGCGCCCCGACCUUGCCAGAGGAUCCCAAUGACAUCCCCUCGCCCGAGGAUAUCUUCCAAGGUAUGCAGUUUGACAGCUUUUGGGCAGAAGCUGAGGUAGUCCAGGUGGUUAGGUAUUUAAGGGGUGGCACUGGCCUGGCAAUCCCAGACGCCUUCCGCCCUGUGCUUCCACGAGUGCUGUAA